GAAGACCUCUCCAAAAACAAAUACAUUUGCCAUUCUUCUUCUUCGUUCUUUUCUUUCUUGCUUUGUUCUGUGCUUUUGUCACUGUCCAUCAAUCGAUCAGUCACUUUUGUUUUGUUCUUCCUUGGUUCACUUUGAGCAACAGCGCAAACAAUGAUUGAUCUCGGGACGGUGAUGGCCGUGCUCGCUGUCCUUGCGCUCGUCGCGCUGAUCGUUCUCAUCGCCGCACUCUGGUACACAUCGCCAGUGCUCCAUCCUCGAUCUGGCACCGAGCUGUCGUUUGUCAACCCGGCGUCGGGCGGCAGGCAAGACUUCCCCUCGCUGCUGCGCGAUCCCGCCACUGUGGACUUGUCCCUGAUCGUCCCUGCGUACAACGAGGAGAAGCGCAUCGAUCUCAUGCUCGAAGACGCGCUCGGCGUGCUCGAGAAGCGACCGGCCCCGUUCAAGUACGAAGUCAUCCUCGUCGACGACGGCAGCAAGGACGGCACCACUGCCAAGGGACUCGACUAUGUCCGCAAGUACGGCUCUGACAAGAUCCGAGUCCUCACGUUUACUCGCAACCGCGGCAAAGGAGGCGCAAUUCGAAUGGGCAUGCUGAGCGCUCGGGGCAAGUACUUGCUCUUCGCCGACGCCGACGGAGCAACUUCGUUCAAGGACGUCGUUCGGCUCGAAGACGCGCUCAAGCAGCACGAGGCCAAGAACGAGCACGCUAUGGCCAUCGGAUCGCGCGCUCACAUGCAAGACGAUGCUGUUGCAAACCGCACCCUUCUCCGCAACAUUUUGAUGUACGGCUUCCACAUUCUGGUGUUCUUGGUGGGCAUUCGAGGCAUUCGCGACACACAAUGCGGUUUCAAAAUGUUCACCCGCCCUGCCGCCCGAGUUCUCUUUCCAGCAAUGCACGUCGAGAGAUGGUGCUUUGACAUUGAGCUGCUCUUCCUUGCAUUGCGCCUCGGAUACCCGGUGGCCGAAACUGCCGUCAACUGGCAAGAGAUUGACGGCUCCAAGCUCGACCCCAUUUGGAGCUCGGUGCAGAUGUUCAAGGACAUUCUGUUGAUCCGCCUCUACUAUCUUUUUGGCAUCUGGCAGCUGCCACGGUCCAUGGACGCCAAGAAGGUCAAGUAAGAGGAUUUUGCUCAAGCUUUUUUUUAUUAAUUUCUCAUGUGUUGUGCGUACGCGGGUCUGUGUCUCUGUGUCUGUGUUUUUUUUCUUGAAAUUACAGCCGUGCCUGAUACAAUCACUUAACAGCAUUUGCA